AUGUCGAUCGAGAAAGAAGACGUGGAAGCACUAAUCAAGGCUAACAAUGACAACCUUCUCGCUUCUUUCAACGGCCUCUUAGAGCAGACCGUUUCUCAGAUCAAACGGUCGAACGAAGACUCGGCGGAAAGCCAGAUGAAGGAGAUCAAGCGCCUCAAAUUCAACGAGUCGCAUAAAUUUAAGAAAAAGGCAAACGAGGACCAAUUCAAGUUUAACCAGAAACUGAGCGAGACGCUUGACAGCGCCAAAUCCGCCGCCGAAAAUUCACAGCUCGAGAAGGUCAAAACCAGCUUAGAAGAAGGUGAGACACUAAUUUCUGAGCGGCAGAAACACAUCCUACUGACAGACAAGUCAGAUUACGGAUGGGCUACGGUCGAUGAAUAUAAAAAGCACAGUUUGGCAGAUGACUCGGAUGAUGAGAAGCGGAUAUUCAAGGCUAAAUCGCGCGCUCGUACUUUUGUCAACGCAUUAAAGAAGAAGAAAUCUUCGGCGCCGGCAGAGUCUACCGUUUCAAGCCAACCGCGGCCUAUUCCCGCACUUGUGCCUGGUUUUUCGCCUCGACCCAAACCCGUGAACAUGUUUUGCGCGUGGUAA